AUGGAGGGAAUUGAGGUGCGGUUCCCCCCUGAACUUUGGUUCGUAGCUCGGAAAAUAACGGAAGACUUCGUCGAGCAUCAUUCUGGGGUCCGAGAUGAGGUCGAUGAUUUCGCCAUCGGAGUCGAUGAUGAAAAAGCCCGCGGGGAUUUUGACGAUAAAGCGCCUGGUGAUGCCGAUGUCAGAGUUCUUGGUCGUGGGGUUAAUGUUAGAGUCCUCGGUCGUAUGAUCGAUGUCAGAAUCCUCGGUCGUAAGAUCGAUAUCAGAAUCCUCGGUCGUAAGAUCGAUAUCAGAAUCCUCGGUCGUGGGGAUGUCAGAGUCCUCGUCAAGGUCCAUGCCAGAGUCCUCGAACCUGAGGUCACGGACAUGGGCCUCGUCAAGGUCCAUGCCAGAGUCCUUGACCAUGAGUUCCAGGACAGAGUCCUGGGCCCUCAGUUCCAUAACAGAGUCCUCGGUCACGAGUUCCAUAGCAGAGCCCUUGACCACGAGUUCCGUGACAGAGCCCUCGACCACGAGUGCCACGACCCCGGUAAGGGUGUUCAUUGUGUUCCUGUCCAUCUUGUUGAUUUGGCCGUAGGUGAUCAGUGCCAGCUCUUCGACCAACCAUCAUCCUGUGUACCCGACACCUGCCAAGCCUGCGCGCGUGCCUUCGAAAGAUACCGAACCCUCUGCCUUUGGCGGUCCAACUUGCCACCUGACGCGCAACCUGAUACUGGGCCAAACCGGGAGCUUUGUACUCCUCAAACACCCUUCAUCAUGAUAGACCACCUCCUCGGACGACCGUCUGUCAAGUCCCGGAGACUGCAGGUACUCGCCGUCUUGGGUUUCUGGUCCGCUUAUCUCCUCAAAGGUGACAAACAUGGCCCUCCCGGCUUCCGCAUCUUCUCCCGCCUUCUCUCCCGGCGUCUGACAACCUGGCAAACCGUCAUCUUGACCAUGAUCUACCUGUACGCGGCCCGCAACUUCAGCACCCUCGUCGGGCUCGCCAGCCCCGAACCCAUGGCCAACAUGUACGACGCCACCUACUUCCGGGCCACCUGGGUGCUGACCGCGCUGGACGCGGGCUUCUGGACCGCCAUGAAGAUCAAGCAAAAGUGGUUGCGCGAUUUGUCCAGCAUCGCCUUUUCCGUCUUCUAUCUCGUCGCCGCCGAAAAGGCCGACGAAAAGGUCCGCAAGGUGCGCGGCAACCUCACGAUCGAGCACCUCCGCGUCAGCUGGAACAAAGGCGUCACGUCGCCGUAUCUCCGCUUCCUGCAGAAUCUGGUGCGCCCGCGGUUUACGCGGUGGCCGCCAAGGCAGAUCAGGAUUCCGAGGCCGGCGACGAGCGAUUACAAGGAUCCGGUUGCUGCUUGGUUGUACUAUGAUGGUCCGCUGGCGGAUCUGGAGCAUCAUAAUAAGAUCAUUCUCGAUAUCCCCGGUGGCGGCUUUGUGGCUAUGGAUCCGAGGUGUAACGACGAUAAGCUGUUCUCGUGGGCUGCUAAAACGGGAUUGCCCAUUUUGAGUCUGGAUUACAAGAAGGCGCCCGAGUUUCCGUAUCCGUAUGCGUUGAACGAGUGUUACGAUGUUUAUAGCACCAUCAUCAAGACCAAGGGGCGGUGCAUCGGGUUGUCUGGACGAGAGGUACCCAAGAUCGUGGUCACGGGUGAUAGUGCGGGAGGCACGCUGGCGACUUCCAUGACGCUUAUGAUUGUUGAGAGCGGUUCGUCGCCAGUUCGCCGCUUCCAGGGUGAGGUCGACCUCAAGGUUCCCGAUGGUCUGAUCCUCUUCUAUCCUGCCUUGGAUAUGAACAUCGGCAGCUGGAUGUCGGAUGAGCAGAUGGCAUUGAUCAAGGACCGAAGGAUGCGCGGAACCAACAAAAGAAUCGUCCAGCGCAAGACGUCUCAGUACAACGACUUGGUCGGCACCCCCGCCCCAUCGGACGACGAAGACGACGGUCCUUCAUCUGGCUCUAACCCCGAGCCCAGCCCGGUCAAGGAGAAGGAACCAUCGUCAGCAGCUCGCUCAGCGCCCGAAUACGCCCACUCCGGUCCUUCAACCUGGUCCCAUGCCGACAUUCCUUCCGCUUCCUCUUCCAAGUCCGAAAAGUCCAAAACCACUGCCGAAAAGCAAACCAAACCCAAAUCCUCUGCCAUCACAAACACACCUACACUCACAGCCCCCCACAAUCACCACCCCCAACCCCUGCGCACCCGCCUCGCCAUGUCCUCCAUGAUCUCCUACUUCGCCGACCGCGUGCUCACCCCCGAAAUGAUGCGCGCAAUGAUCAUCCUCUACGUCGGCCCGCACAACCGACCCGACUUCAGUUCCGACUACUUACUCUGCCCCAUUCUCGCGCCCGACAUUUUGUUAUCCAAAUUCCCCAAAACCUAUUUCUUGACAGGCGAGCGCGACCCCCUCGUGGACGACACGGUCAUCUUCGCCGGCCGCUUGAAGCGAGUAAAAGCGGCCAUGGUGGCUUCCGAUGGAACGAGGACGCAGUACAGGGAGGAGGACGUCGACGAGGCACUCAGAAAGACAAAUGGGAAGUGGGAUGAGAAGCAGGCGGCCGAGGUGGCGCUGGUUCCCGGGAUUAGUCAUGGGUUUUUGCAGUUUCCGGGGGUGUAUCCGCCUGCGUGGGGGCUGUUUGGGAAGAUUGCGGGGUGGAUGGGGGAGGUGUUUGCUGAGGCUGAACGCAAAGAGAGAGAGGAGGAGAGGGUGAGGAGAAAGAUGGGUGUUGCUGGGGUGAAGCCGGAGGAGAGGGGUGAGACGGGGUUGGCUUGGAAGGGGGAAAGGGUAGGGCACGGGAAGGGUGUCGGAUUCGGAGCAGUCGAGGAACACUCAGCUGAGGAAAGAACGGGUCGACAUCAUCGCCGUCGCGGGACGGGAGGGACAGAAAGCAGCGCCGACGAAGAUAAACCAUUGGAGAUGGGUAAAGUUCGAACAAGAGGAAGAGCAGCGUUGAAGAAUGGUUCUCACGCUGAGGGAAUGACCUCCUCAGCAGCUGAUAUCGAGGGCAGGGUAGACCAAGACGAAAUCCAUCUCGUCGAGGGAGAAGGAGAAGAGGAAGAAGCCGGGAGUGACACAGCGACCGAGGCGGCGAUUGCGGGAAUUGCUACGGCGAAUACAAAGGUCAAAGCAAAGAAGCCGCCGAGGAGGAUGAAGCCGAGGAGAGUCAAGACGGGUGAUGAGGAUGAGGCGCUGUUGGUCAGGUUGGAUAGCUCGGAUGAUAUUUUGGGCAGGAGGAUGCAGGGGUUGGCGGGGGGGUUGACGGGGUUGCCGGAGGCGGAGUGA